AACAUUGAAUUUCAUAACGCACUCCAAACUUACAUUUUGACGUCCAAAAUUGUGGUUACAUCGAAUUUAAGAAAAAUAAUACAGAAAAUACUCAAAUAUUUAUAAGUGUUACAUAAUUAAUAAUUGGAAGAAACAGUGUUUUACCAAAAAUACAGAAAUCAAACAAAAACUCGAAUUCAAAGUGUGUUAAAAACAUAAUUUGUGAACAAGUGUCUUGCCUACGUGUUGAUUUUAGAAAAUCUAUUAAAAAAUUGUCUAAUUAUACUAUGCAAACUUGUUGAAUCGGCUCAGUUAUGAAUAAAAAACUUGUGAGAACCGGCCCCAGGAUCAGAAUAACAAGACCAGCGCUGAAAUCGAAGAAAACUGAGGAUCCAAUCGCGAUAUUUGACGACAGAAAGUACGUAUAUUCCUGCCAGUAUUGUCGCCUUAAAUUUACUCAAAACAGCCAGUAUUUCCGCCACAUGACUUCAAACCACGAGAUCCAGCAGAAAGCAGCAACUUUUGAGUGCAAUGACUGUCAGAUAGUCUUCAACAAGAAGAGUAAUUUAGACUUGCACUGUCAGACCCACCAUCAGAUUAAGAGCAAGUCGAAAUGCGAGAGUUGUGCGAUCACAUUCAAAUCCAGAUACUGCCUGCGACGCCAUUUAAAACUGAAGCAGAUUCUACAAGAGAAUUCUUGUUUUAAAUGUCAAAAAAAGUUUACAAGCAAAGAGGGUUUAGCUAAACAUGUGAAAAAUAAACAUACAUUUAAAAAUGUCACAUUUCAAUGUACUCUGUGCUCGUUGAAGUUCAAAGCAGAAGAAUCGUUAAGGAGUCAUUUGGCUCGUAUCCAUAAAAAAUUAUGAUUAUUUUAGGAAAUUUCUUAGUUGUAAACGUUAAGAGAUUUUUAGGUACACAUUAUUGUAAAUAGUCUGUAGGUAGGUUUAAUUAUUGUUAUAUUAAAGUUAAUUCAUCUUAUAAGCUUCACAUAACAUUUAUUUAUGUCUAAACUGCUUAUUUAAACUUUGUUUUUUGAAAAAUUACAUGGCUAACACAAACUUUAUGAAUUAUAAUAGUUUGACUUUCAAAUACUCAAACGGUCUAUGCUUAGUACUAGGUUCAACACAAUAUAAGUUAUAAUGCGCCAGUACUUUUGAGUCUUGCAAGGAUUUAGUAUGUUUCAUCUAUAUUUGAUGUCAAUUAUAUUUUGUUUUGUUACCUGAGCUAAACUUGAAUUUUAUAAUGUUCAAUUGCUUUCAAGAUCUACUUGUAUUAUACAAUAGCUGACCAAACUAAUAACACAACUGUAAAAUAUGCUUUAAUCAUCUAAAUUUUAAUAGAAAAUAAUAAUAGUAUUAAAUUAUCAUUUUGUAUUAGAAAUAUGAAAAAUGUGCAAGAGAUUACAUUUCAAACCAAAGUGCCUUCCAGUAUAAUUUAAAGUACUCUAAAAAUAAUUAAUACAAUUGUUAAAUUAAUAUAAGUUUUUUAAUAGGUGAACUAUCUAUAAAAAAAAAACAUUAUGUCAAUUGACGAUCUAAGAAAUGUUUAAAAAAAAUCUGUAAAAGUUUUCAGGUGUCAAAGUCAUCCAUCUAUUUCAUUUUUUAUACAUUUUGACACUUAUCAUAUAAUAUUUAGUUUAAUAGAAACAAACUAUGGUGUAACUAAAUAUAAGAAUAAAAUUUUAAAAUAAUAAUGAUAAUUCCUUGCACAUUUAUUAAGUCUCAACAAUAGCUCAUCUGUUUAAAUUCUUGUUAAAAAAAAAUGUAAAACAAUUUCAAUUUAUAAACUUAAAAGGAAUUUGACAUUUCUGUAAGUUUUAACAAUGAUUAGGGCUCAAUUCUGGAUAAUCUAUAUUGUCAAUAAAGGAAUGUUUUUUGAUGAGUCAGAUUGAAAAUGUAAAUGUCUCGUAGGCAGCUAAUUUACGAUUUAAUAAUUUAAAUAAAAAAACAGUUAAUCUUUUUAGUUGAUAUUACCUUAAAAAACUUUUAGUUAAAUUUGACCUUUUUUGAAGUAUUAUCUUUUUCUAUGCUUAUGAAAAGGUCUUUAAAACAAUUUGAUUUUUCAAUGAUUAAAUAAUAAUAAUUAUACUGA